AUGUCAUUUAGAAAUGUUGAUGUUGACGCGUUAGAUGAAGAACAAUUACUUCAGGAAGAACUUUUUACCUUUUCAGAUGGAAAUGAAAUAGAUUCACAAACAGCUUUAAAAAAUGUUCAAAGUAAAGGUACUGAUGUUAGAAACUUAUCACUAAGAGGUGAUACAUUAGGAGCAUUGAUUGCUGCAAUUGAAAAUCCACCAUACGGUUUACACACAACUGAAGCAAAGGAUAAAAAUACAACUAUUGUGAUGGAAGUGUUGAUUUCAACUAAAGCUUCAGAUGUCCCAUCAUUGGUGGAGUCUUUAAAUGCUGAACAACAAGAUGUAUUGAUGAAAUAUAUUUAUCGUGGUAUGUCAUCACCCAAAUCAUAUAAUUCUGCUGUAUUAUUAAAUUGGCACGAAAAGCUUACAGAAGUGGCAGGGUUGGGAAGUAUUGUUAGAGUAUUUACGGAUCGCAAAACUGUAUAA